CGCCAAAAAUUGACAUUAACAAGAUAAUCCUAGAAAGAUUGGAGUUCAGGGAAGCGCCUCAAUUCUAUUAUGAUAUUGAGGCGACGUACCUAAGCAGACGGUCAUCUUUGUGAUGUCUACCUAGGUACUGGUAGUGUCUAUUAAGAUGCUGAAUCAAUGACUCAAUUCGCGACGGACCAAUUAUCCUAACUCCAUACCUCUAACUCCGAGAAAUUUUUUCUUUUUAAGGGCCGUUGGGGAUGUUGUUAUCAUGGCACAAUUUGAAUUGCUCUUUUAAAGUACCUAGGUAGGUGUAGUAGAAGUCUCAGAUUCGGAGUUCAACAUCAUGCCAAUUUUCGAUGAGACAGCAACAGUUGACCAGGUCGCUCAGGCCUUCGUCCCCCAAAUCAAGGGCCGAACAUUCGUCAUUACGGGGGCCGGCCAACCAAGUAUUGGAAGUCAAAUAGCCAAGGCAAUAAGUCAUGCCUCACCAGAGCAUAUCCUCAUCGCAUCGCGAACAGCGUCAAAAGUCGAGCCAGUCCUAUCCGCCAUCAAAGAAAUAGAUCCUUCAAUUAAAGCGACAUUCGUGCAGAUAGAUCUCUCUGACCAUGAUUCAGUACGGCGAGCUGCCAAGGAGAUACUGGCAGCGACAUCAUCUAAGAUCGACAUACUCAUUAACAGUGCCGGAAACAUGGCUAUCAAAGAAUACACACUCGAUAAACAAGGAAUCGAGAUUUCGCUUUCCGCCAAUCAUGUCGGCCACUUUUUAUUGGCUAAUUUACUGGCCCCAGCCCUCAUAGCUGCCGCUGCUAGUAACAAGGAGCACAGCACCCGCAUCGUGAACCUCACCAGUAAAGGUUACACCAUCUCACCCUUCCGCUUCGACGACUACAAUUUCUCCGACGGGAAGACCUACGAUUGUUGGACGGGAUAUGGCCAAGCCAAAACGGCCAAUAUUCUAUUUUCCUACGGCCUAACCAAACAUCUUCGAGAGCGAGGCGUGGUCUCUUUCGCUGCUCAUCCGGGAUCGAAUCUCGAUACCAAACUUGGAUCGCAUCUUUCCGUAGAAGACUACAGUGACAUACUCCCGAUUGCGAAACGUAACACGGGAAGGGAUUUUGUCUUCGAGGAACCGAGGUUCAAGUCUUUCGAACAGAUUGCUGCAACGCCUCUCAUUGCUGCCCUAGAUCCCGAGAUUACUGCCGAAGCGCCGGCUUAUCUAGAAAAUAGCCGUAUUGACGAGACCUAUGAAUACGCGCACGACCCUAAGAAUGCUGAAAAGUUGUGGAAGUUGAGUGAGAAGCUGGUUGGUGAGGAAUUCAACUAUUGAGUUAGACAUUUCAGCGACAUGUCUCUGGGUACCUAUGUUUCGUGUAGAAUAAACUACCAAUAUAGCAUGGAAGUUAAACAAAGUA